AUGCUUAUUCUGUUUUCGGCGAUGACACACGGUGGCGUCGAUUUCGGCGUCGUUGAUGGCUGGGACGCAGCCAGCCGAAACCGGUCGACCAAGCGACAAAAAGCGAUGAGACAGAAGCCAUCUAAGCAGACGAAAUUGAUCGCAGUCAUUACUGCGAUUACGGGUACUGAGCCGGUAAAUGAGCAGUUAUGGUACGGUAAGCACCAAUCAAGACAAAAAAAAAUUCUGCGAAAAUUACAGAAAAUUCCAGCAUGAAA